AUGGUUAAGGCAGUUGCAUUGUUGAGAGGAGACGUUGGUGUCUCCGGAACGGUUUACUUUGAGCAAAAGAGCGAGAGUGAGCCCACUACGAUUAGCUGGGAGAUUGCUGGUAACGAUGCGGACGCACUACGUGGGUUCCACAUCCACGAGUUUGGUGACAACACCAACGGUUGCACUUCGGCUGGCCCCCACUUCAACCCGUUCGGCAAGAACCACGGGGCUCAGGAGGCUGAGGAGAGACACGUUGGUGACCUGGGCAACGUGAUGACCGACAGCAAGGGUGUUGCCAGGGGUGCCAAACAGGACUCGCUGAUCAAGCUGUUUGGUCCUACGUCUGUUCUUGGCAGAACGAUUAUUAUCCACGCCGGCCAAGACGACUUGGGCAAGGGAGGCGUCGAGGAGUCCCUGAAGACCGGCAACGCCGGCGGCAGAGCCGCGUGCGGUGUGAUCGGUAUCGCUAAAUAG